AUGCUCGCCACCACCUCGGAGAGAUCGGAGGUUGCGGAGCUUUUGGCUCUGGCUCAAACAGUUCUGCUGCGCCCGGACCUCCUUGCAAGCAUCAGGGUGGGUUUGGAAGAGCCCGAGCACACGGUGGAGUCGUUGAAGGAGUUGGUGGAGGAGAGCCAGGCAACAAAAAUGGUGGAGUUUACCCGGGACGUGGUGCAAGUUGAGAUCCGAGCUGAAGGGUUUGCGGAAUUGCAGCUGAUUGAUUUGCCUGGGUUGAUCGCGUCUGCCCAAGAUGAGCAGCUAGUGGAGCUCAUUACAACAUUGAACGGUGAGUAUAUUCAGCGCUCGAACACGCUCAUCGCUAUGUGCUGCCCCUUUGACGAUGACCUGGAAAAUCAGAAGGUGAGGGCGAUGGCAAAGGAGUUCGAUCCUGAUGGGCAACGCACCGUAGGUAUCUUGACCAAGGCUGACAAGAUUCCAGAAGGCCUGGAGGGCGAACGCAUGCAACUCCUUUCCGAGCCCACAGAGGAUUACUUUCUGCAGCACGGGUAUUAUGCCGUCAAGAACCCUGCGCAGAACGAGCUGCAGGAGGGCAUGACGCAUGAACAAGCGCGGAAGAGCGAACACAAUUUCUUCGAUGGCCUCAAGUGGCAGGGUGUUCGCAGACGUUGUGGGACCAGCAAUCUUCGCGACUUCCUCAGCGAACAACUGAGUCAUCUGAUCCUGCAAGAGCCCCUAGCUGCAUUUCAGCAUUCAAGUCAAGAAUAA